UGUUACUCGCCAAGGGAAAUAGUCAUACUUAGGCCCUAGUAUUACGCCUUUGUGAUGUGCAAAUAGUGAAUUCAUAAAGACUCGAUUUAUGGCCCAAGGAGGCAGCUCGUCGCCUCGGUUAAGCCGGUCCGUAUCUCGUAGUUUGAAGAGUCAAUGGCGACAGUCUUACUUAGUACCGACACCGGCGGACCCCUCGGGCUCUGUGCCGGGCGAAAAUACACUUCGCGCCGAUCCAUAAUUCUUCCUUAGCCGCGAUGACGAUGGCGACAGUGCGAUAGUCCUUCACCUUCUUUCUCUCACGACCGUCGUUGUCAUUUUCAUGUUCUGUAAACCUCGAUAGAUAUUAUUCACCAUGUCCACGGUGAUGAAUUCCGCCCGUUGGUUCUAUCAGGAAUUUGGUCUUGCCUCGGUCCACGCGACCGGUAGAAAUGCUUACUUCAUCAUCUUAGCAAGGACCUGUCGCAUGUUUGCCUAUGGCACCAACUCUUUAAUACUAGCCAUCUUCUUUUCUGCCCUUGGCGUUUCCGACAACCAGAUCGGUCUUUUCAUGACCCUGACCCUCGUCGGAGAUGUCUUCCUCGGAACAUUGCUGUCACUUGUGGCUGAUCGCAUUGGGAGACGACGAGUACUGCUGGGCGGGUCGGUCCUCAUGAUCACGAGCGGCGUGGUAUUCGCCGUCUUCGAGAACUUCUGGAUUUUACUCCUUGGUGCGAUCGUCGGCGUUAUCAGCAUCACAGGUGGAGAUUUCGGACCAUUCCGAAGCAUAGAAGAGUCCAUCAUAUCGCAACUUACAACCUCGUCGACGAGGUCUGACGUGCUUGCAUGGCACGUCUCAACGCCGUUGAUAGGAUCGUCACUUGGCAGUGAGGUCUCGGGGCGCAUCCUCCACUGGCUUCAGGGCAAGGAUGGGUGGUCGGAUGUCGACUCGUAUCAUGCUCUCUUCUGGAUCUACGCAGGGAUGGGCUUCGUCAACCUCGCCCUCGUUUCCCUACUAACUGAGGCAUGCGAGCUACAGCAGGCAGGCAGCGAUUACACUCAAAUUCCGCAGGGCGAGUUUGAGAUUCAAGAGCCACAUGGCAGUUCGGAUGCUCCGUCCCUGGAACCGAUCGAUGUUCCGACCGAGAAGUCGAACCGAAUCACCAAGGCCUGGAAUUGGUUUUCUACGCAGCUGGGACAGAUCUCGCGCCCAACGAGAUCGACCAUGUAUAAAUUAUGGUUUCUUCUCGCCGUCGACUCACUUGCCGACGGUAUGGUGCCAUACUCACUGACGAACUACUUUUUGGACACCAAGUUUCACCCACUCAAGUCUACGCUCGGCGACGUGACGUCGGCUAGUUAUUUCCUCGGCGCGCUCGGCGCGACACUCGCCGGACCCUUGGCCAAGAACAUCGGCCUUGUAAACACGAUGGUCUUCACCCACAUUCCUUCUUCAGUUGCCGUUCUUGUCUUCCCGUUCCCGCCCUAUUUCUGGAUGGCCGCUGCCCUCCUGCUUAUCAGAGCAGCACUAAAUAGUAUGGAUCAGGCGCCGCGCACCGCGCUGAUCGCUGCAGUAGUGAAGCCCGAAGAGCGGACGGCAGUUAUGGGGAUAACCAGCACAAUACGAACAUUGGCCGCAAUGGCUGGUCCGUCGAUCACUGGGGUUCUGGCUUCAAAUGAGCACUUCUGGGUCGCUUUUGUUGCUGCUGGUGUUUGCCGUUUGGCGUAUGACUUUGGUCUAUACGGGCUUUUCAUAAAUCUGAAAGUCGACGGCAGGUAAUAUCAGUCAAUGGCUUAGAAGGAAACAUAAAGUUGGGGCAGACAUCAUCCUCUGUCGACUCUGUUACUAAUAGUCCGGAAACGUACUAAAGAGGGUUACCAACAGCGGCCCACAACUCCCAUGACGGCGUCGUGUUUGGCUUUAGCCUAGCAAG